AUGAAGCUCUCAAUUUUUCUCGUUGCUUACCAAUCCGGCGAAGCGAUCUCUUGUGGGGAUCUAUAUGAUGGCACUGAAACGGUUGAAAUAACUUCCCCAGGCUUUCCUGGUCCCUAUCCGAGAAGUGAUGGUUGGGAGGAUAUAACCUGUAUCUGGGCGAUCGAAAAUAAGUGCAAUCUCGGAUAUGAAAUUAUCCCCCAUCAUUUCGAUGUGGCAUAUCAUUGGGGCUGCAGAAGAGACAAGUUAGAUAUCUGGACAUACGAUUCGACCGGCGAAAAUGAGACGAGUACAUUCUGUAAUAGGGACCAAAAUGGUAACAUAGCAAAGAAUGGCCCUUUGGACUACACCUACAUCGUCGAGUCAGGCGAUGUAUAUUUGAGACUCACUAGCGACUGGCGCAAUAAAGGAUUAACAAACACUGGUUUUCGUCUAGAAGUUCGGCCUAUUCGUGAUCCUUUCUGUAAUCCCUUCGUAACGGCACAACCGGGAUCUUGCUUAGCCUCGGAGAAACACCCUCGAAUUGCUUAUUGGGAAACAUCAGAUAUUUUUGAGAAAGCAGUGCCUUAUUCUGAGUACGAUAUACUGACAUACGAGUUUUUUCCCGCGGACAUCAUUUCAACUGGCGAUGAUCUUAGAAAAGAAUGUCUCGAUCGUUGCGUCGAUUCUGCUGGGUGUUUCAAAGUCAAGCUGAAUCCAGAAUCCGAAGAGAGCAAAUGCGAACUUCGUGGACAUAAUCUCACGCCGGAAGAGGGUUUAACUUUUGCAAUCAAUGGCAAAACCUGCGAUACUUUGCCUCAACAGGCAUGGGAAGAUAGAGCAGGUGUUUUCACUUUCUCUUGCCUCUUUUCAAAUAUUGAAAACGUUGAGCAGUGGUUAGAAUAUCUCAUCAGUCAAAAUGGAGCAUAUACUAGCUGGAAUACGUUUUUGACAGAGGAAGGGGUUGUCAAAUCGUCAAAAUGGACGUUUGGCAUCAACAAGGAUAAAACCAGCCCUGAUGGAACUUGGUACGCUUUCAGAGCGAAUGUUUACUUCAGAACAUUCGUGACAGGUUUCAAAAGCGCCUUGGAAAAAGAUCUCUACAUUUCACUCGCCGAAGCCGCCACUGAAGAAUUCAUCGAAAAUCUGCAAAUCGGAGAUGCGGAAGUUCUCGAAACAACCGAUCCAAUCAUCGAAGUGGAGCUUCUCAAGGAAGGUAUCGAUCCGCCAAAGAACGCGUUUGGCUUUGUCUUCAAUCGAAUGGAAGAAUUCAUGGCGAGCGCCGUCGAAAACACAAAGAAAAAUGCGAACAAGAAAAUGAAAAUGAUCAAGAACCGGUUCAGUUGGUUCACUGACUACUCAGACUCUCCCUGCCAACAAUACGCCGGCGAUGAGCCUGAUGCAGGUAUCGAUUAUGUCCCUGCAACUCUGGAUGUCAACGAUCAAUGCGCUAGCGUCGCUUCUUUUCAUCCAGCUCUAGUCGGAUACUUUGAAAAUUUUGUCUGCCUUGAUCGAGUGGACCCGAAAGCGCGAAACAUGCGAAGAACUGCUGUCAAACUCGGCCUUGCGAAGAAGUUCUUCAACAGAGUUUUGAAGAAGAUGUCUUGCCCUCAAUCAGUCUGA